GUAAAUAUAUUUCAAAUGUUUGUAAUAUAAAAUUAAGUUAUAAUAUAUGUAAUAACUCAAUAAAACAUGAUUAAAAACACAAGCCAACAAAAAAACAAAACCAAAAAAAAACUGAGGAAGCGAAAGCCAAGGAUAGAUGAUCCUUAUGCAGAAGAACAAAGACAAAUUAAAAUUAAAGCGUUAAAAGAUAAAAGACAAAAAAUAAUAGAUGAAGUCAAACUUUCAUUAGAAUCAAGAAGAAAAGAUAAAAUAAUUCUCCAAAAUGCAUUUUUUGAAAAAGAAAAUAAACUCCGAACGAAAGCACUUAGGGAUUCUAAAAAAGAAGGAAGUGAAAAGAUUAUGUUAGAGAUUCGCGAAGAUUUGAGUAAAAUUAUCGAAACUGGUAUAAAAUGUGUAUACACAUCUGUGAUUAUACCAGAAAAGAUUAAGUAUGAUGGCCGAUCAAUUCUAUCGAUUAAAGGUGUUAAAUAUAGAUUGAAAAAUAAUUUGCAUAUUGUGGGUUGGGGAAAAGAAGCGGUUAGAAUGAGCUCGGCAUUCGAACGGAUUGUCGGUAAACAAUUAAGGAAAGGUUGGAUGGUGGUGCCAAGAAAAUCCAUUUUUAUGAUGUGGAGUUUUCCGGAAGCGUUUCCUCCUUUGAAUAGUCGUAUUACUUACAUUGAAGCUGGAACUGAUGGACAUCCAGAUGAAAAAUCAGUGAAAGCUACGAGACAAAUUAUAAAUUACGUUAAAAAAUUGAAGAAGAGAGAUUUGUUGAUAGUCAUGCUCUCACAAGAAAUUGACGAUCUCCUUUGUUGUCCCCAAGAGACUAUUACAUUAAGAGAUAAGCUUAGAGUGUUGACUAGAUUAAGCAAAGCAGAAGCAACUCCUGAGGAAAUAAAUAUCGUAAGAAAUAAGCUUUCUGCAAUUAGAGGAGGCGAUUUAGCAAGAUUUGCUUAUCCAGCGAGAAUCGUGAUAUUAAUCACAUCAAACGUUUCCGACAAGCCUAUGACUCAUUUAUUAGGCGGACCAUGCAUAUACGAUCCAAAAGCUGAAAAAGCUUUGGAAAUAUUAACGAAAUACAAAUUGAUCGACAGAGUACCGUUAAGUAUAAAAGAGUUGGUAGAAGAAACAGUUCCGUGGAUCAUGGCGGCCGACAAGCAAUUGGACGCGAAUAAAAAUUAUAAAUUUGUUCACGAAUAUGUGAUAGCUUGUAACGCAGACGCUAUGGAAUGUAUGGCCAUAGAAAGUUACAAAUUAGGCCUGUUUCCUAUAAAACUUAAUUCAACUUGUUUCGGAGACAUUCAAGAAUUUGCUCGAGAAUAUGUUAAAAUGACGUCGUUGAUGAUAUUGGCGGUCGAAGGGAAGAUCAAUAAAUUGGAGAUGUGGCAGGAAAUGAGAGAUAGCUCAAUCUGCCCUUUGACCGAUGAAAAGGUGAAUGAAAUAUUUCCCGCCAAAGAUAAAUGGGGUUUGGGAUUGUGUCUUUUAUUGGGUGGCCGACCCACUGUUAAUCUUUGCCCUACACCUGGACGAGGUGGACCUAAUCAAGAACUAGCCCUGUACUUUUCGUUAUAUUGGUAUUUGCGUACACAGCAGUAUCCAAUUUUGAGAGGGUACACUGUUUGGUUUCUGGGCGGUAGCUCGUAUGGAAAAGAUGGCAAUUCUGAUGCAGUUGGCGCGUUCGGUUAUCAGAGUUUGAGCACCGAUAUUUAUCCAGAAUAUGACAAAGCAUUUAGAUCAUAUCAGAAUGCUCAUGCGAAGUGGUGGAAACUGAAUGAGGAGAGACGCCUUAAUUCUGAGAUGGUGGAAGCACAUAUAAAAAUGAAAGAACUUGAAAUUAUAAAAAAUAGAUAUGCCGAUAUUUUACCUGGUCGUGCAUUAGCUAACAAUAAUACUAAUUUAUUGUUCUUGAGCAUUAAUGAUGAAGAUGAAUUAUUUGAAUUGAAAACUGGAAACUAUUAUACAUUUACAAACGUUGGAGAUCUCCACAUCAUACGAAUUGUUCGUUUCCAAUGUAAUUGUGAUAGUAUUUGUCAUGGACAUGUAGAAAAAGUGUGCACCGAUACGGAAUGUUAGUUUUUCAAUCAUUAUCAGCGGAGACGCGUGCAAAAUUUCAAUAUUGUUGUCGUCUUGGUUCA